AUUUUCACAAUCACAAUCCUUCCUUGUCAGUUUGCGCAGGAAGUGAAAAACUGUCCAAAUCUGUCAUUGAGGGGUGUCGAAGAUAGCGUCUGCGUCUAGUGGAACGUUGUGGUAGACUAUCCGGUCUUUUAAAUCAAUUAUAAGUUUGUCACAUUUUGUGUUCUUUCAUAGCCAAAAUAUUGAACAGAGCUGGAAGAACGCUGCAUGAAGUCCAAACUCAUCUAGAUAGAGAACAAGCUUCUGAUCUUGUGGUAGAGCUUGUUAUCAAGUCUGGCAAUUCGCCGUCAAUAUUUAGCGAAGCUGUAGAACUUGGUAUUGCUCUUUUGGAAGGUGGAAACCCCAUAAUUCAGAAGAGCAUGUAUAAUAAGUUGCUUGGUGGUGAUAUUAGCCAGGCUUUUUUUAGGGUUUUUCAUGACAAAAUGAGGGAUUCUCAACAAGAAAUUAAGUCUACAGUAACAGUAAAUACUUCUGAAAUGGCCGCUAAGGCGCAUGAAGAUAAGCAGAACAGUAAAGAUCUGGAUAAAAUAUCCAAAAAACAGGGAGGCAAAAGCAGUAAUUUGUUAAUUAAUAGCGAAUUGCAGAAAGAUCUGACUAAAGCCGCAGAACUGACUGGUCAAGCUUAUGCUCAUAUUAGAAACGCAUCAGGAGAGGACCCAAACACAACUGGGCCUAAUAGCUCGUUCAUUUUAGAAGAUCUACAGGAUAAGUCGGAAAAAUACAGAGACAGAGAUGAACAAAAUGGCUUGUCCAACAAAAUCUUGAUAAUGCAACCUAUUUUGCGAUUUCUGCAAUUACUUUGCGAGAAUCACAAUUCUGCUUUACAAAACUUAUUGAGAAACCAAAACAAUAAAAGUAACUUCAACCUGGUAUCAGAAACAUUGAUGUUUCUAGACUGCAUAUGUGGCUCAACGACUGGAGGUCUAGGAUUGUUAGGACUUUAUAUCAACGAAGGAAAUGUAGCAUUGAUCAACCAAACUUUAGAAACAUUGACAGAAUACUGCCAAGGACCUUGCCAUGAGAACCAAAACUGCAUCGCGACACACGAGUCUAACGGCUUAGAUAUCAUAAUCGCUCUUAUUUUGAACGAUAUUAAUCCUUUGGGAAAAACCCGGAUGGAUCUAGUCUUAGAAUUGAAAAACAACGCAUCAAAAUUGUUGUUGGCAAUAAUGGAAAGCAGAGGAGAUAGUGAGAAUGCGGAACGGAUAUUGUAUAACAUGAACCCUAAACAACUAGUUGACGUAGCUUGCAACGCUUUCCACCAAGAGACAGACGACGACGUAGAAGAUACUAACGUUGAAGACGGCGUAUCCCCCAGAGAUGUAGGACAUAACAUUUGGAUACUUUGUCAUCAGUUAGCUCAGCAUAAUAAAGAGCUAGCUUCUUUGCUCAAGCCAUCAGAAAAUGGCGAUCCCAAAACUCAAAAGGCUGUGGCUUACUACGCUUCCCACACUGCUCAAAUCGAAAUUGUUAGGCAGGAUAGGACUUUAGAGCAAAUUGUGUUUCCGAUUCCGGAGAUUUGUGAAUAUCUAACUCAAGAUACUAAAAUUAAGGUACUUCAUACAGCUGAGAGGGACGAUCAGGAAAUCAGUCGUACAGUGUCACUAUUGAUCUGGGUCGCAAUGCUAUGUUCAUCAGCAAUAGUUGCAACUUUGCCCCGUCAGACUGGUAUACGAACACUAGUAGCAUCUACCAUUUUGAGGUUGAUAUACUCAGUUGGACCGGAACCAACUUUAUGUUUCCUGGGGGCAGUUACCAUUAUAUUAAAAGGUAUACACCUGGUCAGCAUCAUGGGCAAUCAUGGUACUGUUACGAAAACAUAUCAACAAAUACUGACUGAUGCUGAGCUUCUUUACCAUGUUGCGUAUUUGGUAUUUUGUAUGCUGGGAUUAGUCAUGCAUCCAUUUUUCUACUCGGUUUUGGUGAGUAGAUCUUUUAAUAAAAGAACUAGGUUACAGUGCGACUGCGUUACGAGAUUUUUACGAUAUAACAAUAUAUCGAACAGUGCUCCUCAAACUGUGAUUCACUUAGAUUAUGAACAAAAAUAA